AAAAAAAGAAAAAAAAAAUAUUUGUUCCUUGUUAUUCUUCUCUUACAACAAUAGUAGCUUUCCAAUCUCCAUGGCUUCAAAACCCUUCAACUUCAUAUUAUUCAUCUCUUUACUCUCUCUGGUGGUUGGUCAUGGAAAUGUGGAAUUGGAGAAAUAUCCAUUGGUUGUGAGCACAUGGCCGUUUAUUGAAGCUGUGAGAUCUGCUUGGAGAGCUGUUGAUGGUGGCUCUUCUGCUGUUGAUUCCGUUGUUGAAGGUUGCUCCACUUGUGAAGAACUCAUGUGUGAUGGAACAGUUGGUCCGGGUGGGAGUCCAGAUGAGAAUGGAGAAACUACAAUUGAUGCUUUGGUCAUGGAUGGGGUGACUAUGGAAGUAGGAGCUGUUGCUGCCAUGAGAUACGUAAAGGAUGGAAUCAAAGCUGCUAGGUUAGUGAUGCAACACAGUGAACACACUUUGCUUGUAGGAGAGAAAGCAUCAGAAUUCGCAAUUUCGAUGGGUCUUCCAGGACCUACAAACUUGAGUUCAUCAGAAUCUAUAGAGAAAUGGACCAAAUGGAAACAAAGUAGCUGCCAACCGAAUUUCAGGAAAAACGUAUUCCCUGCAAAUAGUUGUGGUCCUUAUCAUCCGAUUAACUAUCUUGACCUUUCUGAUGAAGCAUGCUCCAUUACUGAUCAGAAUCAAAAACCAAGACUACUUCAUGUUGGUCUUCACAGCCAUGAUACUAUAUCAAUGGCUGUUAUUGAUAGAAUGGGACACAUUGCUGUUGGUACAUCAACUAAUGGAGCAACAUUCAAGAUUCCUGGCAGGGUAGGUGAUGGUCCUAUAGUCGGAUCCUCAGCAUAUGCUGUUGAUGAAGUCGGCGCAUGUUGUGCAACUGGAGAUGGCGAUAUCAUGAUGCGCUUCCUUCCAUGCUAUCAAGUUGUGGAAAGCAUGAGGUUAGGAAUGGAACCUAAACUUGCUGCUAAGGAUGCAAUAGCGCGAAUAACAAAGAAAUUUCCCAACUUUAUUGGAGCUGUCGUUGCCCUUAAUAAAAAGGGGGAACACGCCGGUGCCUGCCAUGGUUGGACAUUUAAAUAUUCAGUAAGGAGCCCUGCCAUGAAAGAUGUAGAAGUCUUUACUGUGUUACCCUGAAAGAUAACCUAUUCAAGAAAUUGGUACCCAUCAGCAUUUAAGUUUAAGUCAUUAUGCUAAUUGUGUUGGUUGGAAGAAAUUUGAUGGCAUACAAAUGUACUUAAAAUGUAACAUAACCUUAUUUCUUAUAUUAAAUGAGAAUUUAACAUGGAUUGUGCAAUA